AGCCGCCAUGGACGAGUGACCAAACGAUAAUUCACUCUCGCACUAGUCCCAACUCCCAUCCAUAUCCCAUCAUCCAGCAUCCAAGCAGGACGAGAAGAGGCCCGGUCGAAUCGAAGAUGGCUUGCGUGGCGGACCGUCAGGCCGCGGUGAGGGAGGUGGCGCAGGUGUACGAGCUCAUCAAGCUCCAGCAGCCCCUCCUCCUCCUCCAUUCCUCCUCGUCGCAUCUGGCGCAGAGCCUCCUCGGCAAGGCGCUGCGAGCCCUCAACGUCGCCCUCUCCGUCAUGAACCAGCAGCAGCCUCCCCCUCCUCCUCCUGCAGUGGCACCAGUGACCGUUGUCGUCGUCAAAGCUGAGCCUCACCUGUCGCCGCCCAGCCCGGCGUCUGCCGAUUCCGAAGCCACGGCACCGCCGGCCAGAAGAGGCGCCAAAAGAACAAGACGAUCAGCGGCGCCAGUGGGAGGGAAGAAGAACUCGUCGUCAUGGGCGACCUUAACCGCCGUGCCCUACGACGACGGCUACGAGUGGAGGAAAUACGGCGAGAAGAAGAUCAACGGGACGCUCUUCACCAGGAGUUACUUCAGGUGCACCUACAAGGACGACGCCGGCUGCCUCGCCACCAAGCACGUCCAGCAGAUGGACAGCGACGACAACAGCAGCCCGCCCAUGUUCCACGUCACUUACCACAACGACCACACCUGCAGCAGCGCCAAAGCUGCAGCCAAAGCCAACACAGGCAGCAGCAGCAACAACAACAGCCACCUCGCUGCAUUGCUGGCAGACUGCUGCGACGGCAGCGGCUGCAACAAGGGACUGACGACCACCACCAUCAAUGGGCAUGCUGCUGCUGCUGCCGCCGCCAUGAACAUGAACAUGAAGCAAGAACCGUCGCUGCUGCCGCCGCCGCCUCCUCUGGCCGAACCUCCUUCCGCCUGCUUUCCUUAUGACCAAAUGCCACAGCAGUGCCAUCAGCUGCUAUUUCCUGUAAGCAUGGAGCAGCAGUUCCCCGGCAAUGGCGAAGAAAUCCCGUCGGCUGCUGGUUCGUGCAUCUCCGGCGAGACCAGCUGGGAUGGGUAUUAUUAUUCUGGGGACAUGGCGGCAGCUGAAGACGACCGUUUCCACGAUCUCGAGCGUUUCCUCCUGGGCGAUAGCUUCAUGGACUACCAGUACUAGCUAGCUCGAUCGAUCUGAAACAGAAUUGUUAACAGGGGGUUUAUGAAAGUAGAAGAAUGGUUUUGGUCUUCUUUUUUUUUUUUUUUGGAUUCUUAGGGCAGCAGUGCCAAUAAUAAAGUGUUCUGUAGGGGAAAAAAAUAGGCGUGCAUGAGAUGUAAAAACAAACGAUCGUUUUAUUGUUAUAUAAAAAUGUCCGGCACUUUACUA